AUGGCCGCGACUCAAAACAUACGAAUCACACUGCCCAAGAGUGGCGUUGAUAUCUUCUAUCGGGAGCAGAGUCCCGCAGACCCUUCCAAGACCAUUCUUCUUCUUCAUGGCUUCCCGUCGUCGUCGCACCAGUACCGGAAUAUUAUCCCAUUGCUUGCUUCCGAGUACCGAGUCAUUGCGCCAGACUUUCCUGGGUUCGGCUUCACCGAGGCGCCUGAAGGCUUCAGAUAUACGUUUGAUUCUCUUACAGACGUCCUCGUCGAGUUCCUGGACUCGCUCUCUGUUUCUAAAUUCGCUGUUUACGUCUUUGACUACGGCGCGCCGGUCGGUCUGCGUCUAGCGCUACGUCGUCCGGAGGCUGUCGAGGCGAUCAUCACGCAGAAUGGCAAUGCCUACGUUGAGGGUUUUGGCGACGUCUGGGGGCCGAUCAAAGACUUUUGGGCCAGCAACAACACCGCAGAAGAUCGAUCCAAGAUGGCAGAUGCCAUGCUGACCUUUGACAUUACCAAAUUCCAGUAUGAGAAUGGCACUCCCAACCUUCAGAACAUUGCACCCGAGUCUUAUACUCUGGAUUAUACUUUGCUGCAGCGCCCUGGGAGGAAGGACGCCCAGCUCGACCUCUUCAUGGAUUAUCAGAGCAAUGUCCCAUUAUAUGAGAACUUCCACGAAUAUUUUCGAUCCUCUCAGGUGCCCUUGCUGGCAAUCUGGGGGAAGAACGACGUGUUCUUUAUUCCGGCCGGAGCCAACGCCUUCAAGCGAGACCUGCCAAAGGCAACUGUUAAGCUUAUUGAUGCUGGUCAUUUUGCGGCCGAGAGUGAUGGGCCACUAAUCGCGAAAGAGGUCGCACAAUUUCUGGGCUAG